GCAUCAUCCUCAACGACGGCUCCAAAGCCUGUACCAAGACCCACGCUAAAUAACUCUUCGUCUACACUCGCCUUCUCAUACACGCAUGUCGCUGCACCGAGCUCAUACCCGCCAAAAGAGAAGUUGGAGCCGCCCAGCAAGAACGGAUGGACGAUCGUCAGAAAGUCUACCGAGCGCGAUAGCCUCGAAGGGCGUGAAUCCAAUUUUGUCGCGAAGAGUGCAGGCUACGAAGAGCUGGAUGCGGACAUGGUCAUUGGAGAAAUGGACUCGGAGGCUGACGAGCGAGCUGGUGCGCUCGGCGGGAAGCCGCGAUAUGACCAGGGCGUGGUGAGGGACGAUGCGCAAGAGAUAGUCGAUGAUCCUCUUCGCCUGAUCGACCCCAAGCCUGGGAGGUCGUCCAGUACGUCCCGGGUCGACUCGCAGCCAGGGGACUCAGAGAAGCUCAUGCGUGAACAUUCCAUCCGCACAAACAGACGGAGGAAGUUCGUGGAGUGCAUCACCCGCGAGGACGUAGAUAUCGCCCAACUGCGAAAGCUGGCUUGGAACGGAGUCCCAGACGAGCUGCGCCCGCUCGUUUGGCCGUUGCUUCUGGGCUAUCUCCCUCUUCCAAAACCUACCAGGGCAUCCACACUCGCCAGGAAGCGUCGUGAAUAUUCCUCCUUGGUGGAAACUACCUUCAUGCGAGGCCGGGAUGGUCUUGACCAGCAGAUUUGGCAUCAGAUCGAGAUCGACGUCCCUCGGACAAGACCUGGCGUGCGACUAUGGAUGCAAGAAUCCACUCAGCGGAGUCUUGAGCGAAUACUUUACGUCUGGGCCAUACGGCAUCCAGCCAGUGGCUACGUGCAAGGCAUCAAUGACCUCGCAACGCCUUUCUUCCAAGUUUUUCUCUCCGCAUACAUUGACUCCGACCCAGAGGAAUUCGACACUGCGCUCCUCUCCGACAGCGUGCGAAUGGCCGUGGAGGCAGACACCUUUUGGUGCUUGUCACGGCUUCUAGAUGGUAUCCAGGACAACUACAUAGCCGGUCAACCCGGCAUCCAGAGGAGCGUGAAACGCAUGGCGGAGCUCGUCGCUCGAAUAGAUGCUCCACUGGCAGCGCAUCUAGAUGCGGAGAACGUCGAGUUCAUGCAGUUCGCGUUCCGGUGGAUGAACUGCCUGCUGAUGCGGGAAAUCAGUGUGCAGAAUACCAUUCGAAUGUGGGAUACCUAUCUGGCGGAGGGCACGGAUGCUUUCUCUCAAUUCCACCUAUACGUCUGCUCGGCUUUCCUCGUGCGCUGGAGCAAGAAGCUGCAAGAGAUGGACUUCCAGGGUAUCAUCAUGUUCCUACAGUCCCUACCCACGCAGGGUUGGACUGACCACGAAAUCGAGAUGCUCCUGAGCGAAGCGUUCGUGCACUAUUCAACAUGGCACAAUGCGCAGAGCCACUUUGGAGGCAAAUGAUACCUUUGCGGUUCCAUGCACCGCCUGGGCGGCGUCCCGGCCCUACGCAGCGGUGGGCGUCUACGGCUUCAGUCUGGGGGCCCAGUGUUUGGGGAUGUCAACGUGUCCUCUCGACACUACUGUGCAUCGUUUCUGUCAGAAGUGACUGACGUGGAAGAUUGGCGGCAGGACAUAAGCACAAUGAGUCAGCCAUAUUUAUGCAUGUACAACAAAAACGUUAUCAGGAGAGCAGCAGCGCGUGCACAUGGGACAUAUCAUACCACACCGUAUAGUGAAUGAGCAUGGAGUUGUGCAGAGUGCCGUGGUAUGUACGCAAGUUCGAUACAUGCGUGCCAGAUGCAAACCUUCACAAAUGCAAUGUCACGAUAUGUAAGAAUCAUAGGUCCUUGCUCUUCACGAACUCGAUCUCGCGGUCGAGUGCGGCCUUGAGCUCCUUGGCCUGGUCGGCGGUCUUGCAACGUAUGCGAUAUGGCGUCGAUACGCCCUCAUUAUGGCCCAUAAAGGACACGACUUUGUCUGAGACGGAGGGAUUCAUAGCACUGUGCAUCAUGAAGUUGAUAGUUAUCUUGCCCGUACUGCUAUUUCUCAACAGCACUCGCCUCGCGCUCGUUUCCUUGUGCUUCUUGAGCCGCAACAUCCCAACACCGAGGUCACCCCACUGUGCCUUGCCGUCCUUGUCCUUCGUCAUCUUGAACACCUUGCUCCGAAUCGCAUGUGUCGUCACCUCGUCCUCCUCGCCCUCGCCCUCCAGAUCGUGCACAGACGACGACGCGAGCAGCGGCGGGGGCUGCGCACCGUCCUCCGCGGGCGCGGGCGUGCCGUCUGCAGACUCUUCUUCGCCCUCUUUCUUUUCUCCUCCUUCUCCAUCUCCUAAGGCAGGAGCUGAAGCAGAGCCGAACGUCGAGGAGCCAAACGCUGACGUCGACUUGGGUGCCCCAAACGAGAACGGCAAUGCCUUGACGGGUCCGCUGCCGCUGUCCGCGUCCAGCGUCUUAGGUGGGCUCCCGAACCCAAACCCGACGGGGUUCCCGAUGCUGCCCGCCUUGGCGGCGGUGCCGCCGAAACCCCCAAAGAGCGAGGGCUUGCCAGGGGACGCAGACCCAAAUGAGAAGGAUGUUGCGGACGCGGAGCGGUCCUUGUCUUUCUCGGGGGUCGUCGCGCCUGUGCCCGUGCUUGAGCUCGAGGCGCCGAAGGGAGUGGACGUGCCGGAGCCGAAGGUGAACGGCUUUUGAGUGGCUUUGUCUUUCUCUUUGUCGUCGGGUUCAGGUGCGGCGUCUUUCUUGCCAAAGACGGAGCUGCUUCCUGUGCCAAAGAUGGACGAGGAAGACGAGGAGGACCCGAAGAGGGACGUGGACGAGGACGUGGACGAGGACGAGCCAAAGAGGGAGGUCGAGGAUGUUGACGUCGGGGGCUUGCUGCCGAAAAUUGAGGUGGUGCUCGAGGACGCGGCGGGUGCCCCGAACGUGAAGGCAGAGGUGGGGGUCGUUGUAGACCCCGCGGCAAAACCGGUGGUGGAAGGGGUGGAUGUAGACCCGAAGGAGAACGCAGACUUGGGUGCUUCGGAGGUAGCGGACGGUUCUGCUGCCGGCUUGGACGAACCAAAGGAGAACGGACUGCCUAAUGAUGAACCGGUACUAUCACUGCUGUCGAACUUAGGGACGAACCCGCCGCCGGACGAUGACGAUGUGGACGUGGACAUUGGCUUGAAGCCCGCGAAACUCGCUGGGGGAGCAGGCAUAGAGGAUGAAGGCGCAGGUUUUGGCGGCUGAGCUGGGUCCGUCUCCGAGGAAGCCAUCUUGGGUGCGCUCUUGGCCUUGUCGUCAUAGUCAGACUUGACGGACACUCGCAAGGCCUUGUACCGUUCAAGCAACUCCGCAACGUCCACGAAUGGGUCCGACUCGAUGGCUUUGGAGACGGCCGACAGGAAGGAGACGUUGAGACCACGCAGCGCUUUGUAGUAGUUGAUCUCGUUCUGAACAUCGUCAGCCGACUCGGCAGCAGCAGGCGGCUCUGCAGAUGGGGAGGAAGACCCCACAAUGGACGCAAACGCCUUUGUGGCAGGAGACGCCAAAGACGAUACAGACGGUCCGCCAGAGAGAGAAGAUGGCUGAGGGGAGGUCGCACUUGAGAAGGCGAAGGAUGAUGUAGCAGGGACAGCCGGGGUGGGUUUCGGAGCGGCGGGGGGUGCAGAGGGCGCGGAAGAGAAGGAGAAGGGUGUGGACGAGGCGGAUGACGCGCCAAAUCCGGAGAAGCCAGAGAAUUUACUACUUACUGCAGGCUCGGCGGUGGUUGCAGCGGGAGCAGGCGCACUUGAAGCGUUCGCUAGGCCAGAUCGUCGCGGAAGAGCUUUCAUCGGUCUCUUGGCGAGGACAGACUCGUCGGCCUUCUUGAACCCAGACUCCGGCACUUCCUGGACCUCCGAAUCGUCGUCGGCCUCCUCGUCAUCGUCUUUUAUCAACUGCUUCUCCGCAGCUCUCUU